AUGCAGAACGAAUGGUCGUCCAAGAGCUACAGUUUUAUUUCGGAAGGCUCGUUUGGUACCAAGAGUAGCAUCUAUGACUGGGAUCGUAUUGCUGGCGCUGGAGACGAUAUUUAUGGUCUUCAAGUUCCAAGAGAAAUGCAAAUGCAUUCAACGACAGUAACGGAUAAUGUGGACGAUUUCUUGAGUCUCAAUUCACAGUCUCAAAGACUUACAGGGACGACUAACAAUCAUAUAUACGAAGAGGGACAGAAAUAUUCGAUUGCAUUUGAUAGAACGUGGACAGAUUCGGAGAUUCCUGUUGUGGGAGGCAGGUCCAGUUCUGCUCCAUUGUCCAUUCAGUUGUUACAGGAGAUCGUCCAUCCAUUUGAGAGGAGACGAGCAGCUACGGCACCACCUUCAGGCUUUUUUAAUCAUUUGUUGUAUGGAAGUUUACGAGCAGGUACACUGGCUGAGCUCUUUUCGCAGCCGUACUAUGGACUGGCAAUUUCAGCGGCGGUAACAGGUUUCAUGGUACCAUUUCUUGCUGACGCCUUCCAGCCUCUUUUGUGUGUGUAUCUGAGUCUCAACGGUGAUCAGUGUGCGGCGUCACUUCGAUUUCUCAAGUUACCAGGUGCUACUAGUUUUUUUAUUGGUGUGCUCUCCGAUUUCUACCCGAUUUGGAGUUUCCAUCGCAAGUCGUAUAUGCUCGGAGGCUGGAUUUUUGCCUACAUGGCACUGUUGGCGCUUCUUGUUGUAGUGCUGAUUGACGACAGCACGGGAUUAAUGAAUCCUAAUGUCAGAACGUUUUAUGGAGGUGCGGUCUACGUGCUUCUGAUGAUGGCAGCCAGUUUAGGAAUUACAGUAGCGUCAAUUGCUGCGUUUGCCUUGUUGGUGGAAUUAUCACAGCGCGAGCCAAUUCACGAACGUGGCUUGCUUCUGGUACAAUACUUGUUAACACAAGAGACGGCAACGCUUUUGGCAAAUAUUAUGAUUGCGUUUGUAGUAGGAUAUGACGAAAAGUCAGGAAGAACUGAGGCGAUGAUUUCGAUGAAAGUAGUCAUAUUGAUUAUGGCAGUGGUGACGUUAGUACCGAUUCCAGCGGUAUUGUUUUGGCUAGACGAGGAGCCUAGGCAACUCAAGGUGGAUUCGGUGGAUCGGUCAUCGCUCAUGCGCCAGCUAUGGAAAAUUUUGCAGCACGAGGCAGUGUGGCGCAUUAUUUUGUUCGUUUGCUGUUCCGUAUUCUUGUCUUCCUUUCGAUUCAAUUUCGUCGAUGACGCUGUAUUGUAUUGGGCACACGCGACGCCGAAUGAAGAGCGUGUGGGUGAGAUCCCGAAGCAGAUCAUCAUGAUUAUCUCGAUCUUGGCCUUUCAGCUCACACUGUUCAACUACAGUUGGAUACGCAUCUCUGUAGGUGGCAUGCUGCUUGGCGCAGGAGUAAAGCUGAUUGCAACACUCCCAACAAUCUUUGGCGGUGUCCGCAGCGCUUGGUACAUCAUGUCGAUUUGCUCAUUCAUUGGAAUCUCGCGCGCAGCGGUGAUAUUGGUGACGGUGCUGCCGAUUGUGGAGAUUACAGAGAAUUGUCUGGAAGGUGCGACCACGGGGCUUGUGUCGUCGUAUAACGCACUGAUACAUAUGGUGAUUUUGACAUUCUCGGAUGCGAUAAGCACAUGGAGUGUUCAGCUUCAAAAAGACUUUACGACUGAUGUGAUUGCGAGGGAUGCGUCCAAAACACGCACGCAGGUUUUGUCGUUUGUGAUGGCAAACUGCGGGAUCAAUUUGCUGGCGCUGAUACCAAUUCUUACUUUAUUGCCACGCCAGAAGCUAGAGGCUCAAGAGAUGCGCACGCAUCGCAAAUACAGUCGUUUGGCUGGUAUCAUUCUCGCUGUGCUGUUUCUUGGUCUUGUCGCGUAUGCUGGUACAGUAAACCUAUUGACGCUACUGAACGAGACGAAACGAUGA